AUGGAGAGUUACCUACCAACAGAGGGGGAGGCAUUUUCUCCAAUUCCAGCUGAACUUGUUCCCAUCAUUCACACAUGCUUGGAUCUUCUCCAGCACACACUCAGUGAUUCCACCACUUCGAAGUGGCAAAGUGACCACAUCAGUAUGGAUGAAGAGCGACGCUCCAAGAUUGCAAUCGCACUGCAGCAAUACCGCCAAACAGUGUCGCAGCACAAUUUUGCCUUGCUGCGCAUCCUGCAACCGCGAGAUAUAUUCAAUGAUGAUGUGCGCAAUGAUAUAAUCCAAUGGGCCGGGCUAGAUGGAGUUUCCAACGGUCCAAUCAAUCUAAGGCUGAGAGAAGAGUAUUUUGCCAGCGUCAGGGCAGAAAUUGCGGAAAAGAACAUAGACGUGGUUGAAUUCCCCCCGGCCGAUUUGGAAUGCCUCUGUACGCUGGUCGAUGGCAUCACUGGUCCAGGACUGCCGUACUACUGCUUCGCGAACAUGAUUGAGUUUAUAACUCCUACUGGGGACAGUGGCGUGGGAGGACUAAAAGGCUCCGUCAUUUUCCCUGCUUGGAAUGAUGCAGGGGAUAGAGUUGAUGCACUUUCAGAGGUGUGGGAAACCUGGGAGAUUGCUGUGGCAUUUGUGACUGGCGGUGGCCCGUUCGAUUUGUGUGGCUCUUGCGCCAUUUAUUGUUCCAGCAAGGAGGACGAUGGCAAUAAAGAAUGGAAGUGGCGGUAUGGCAUCUUUGAUGGGGGCUGGGGUAGCGAUAUUUACAACAGUGUCGAAGAGUUCCUGGGCUUCUACGCCCACUUUGAGGAGCAGACGGAGGAAAUGUUCAGAAAGGAUGUCGUUAGAAUGGGCUUAGUACGAUAA